GAAUAAACUAUUACUACUAGUGAUGUUUUUGGUCAAAAUUGGUUUCAUCUAUCUGCCAAAAGUCCAACCCCUCUCUCUCUCUCUCUCUCUCGCGGUGUACAUAUAUUGGAGAUGUUUUGUUGGUUUCUUGUUCACUCCACGGUUAGAUCUCGCAAACCAUAGCUCUCUCUCUCUCUCUAGAUCUCUCUCUCUCUCUCUCCCGUGUGUGUGUGUUGUUGAAUUGAUAAUAUGGCUGAGAUGGCGGGAAUGGCGAACGGAAGUGGAAACGGAAACCACGGAGUGGCUGUGAAUAUAAAAGAUGAGGAUGUGAAUGAUCACAACUCUUUGGCCAAAAGCAGUACAGAGGAUACAAGCUGCUUUGUUACUAUUCCUUUUAUCCAAAAGGUGAUAGCGGAGGUGUUAGGUACCUACUUCUUAAUAUUUGCCGGCUGCGCCGCCGUGGUGGUAAAUUCAGACAAGGACAAGGUGGUGAGUUUGCCCGGAAUAUCUAUAGUGUGGGGACUGGCUGUUAUGGUCAUGGUUUACUCCAUUGGUCACAUUUCUGGUGCCCAUUUUAACCCUGCUGUCACCCUUGCUUUUGCUACCUGUAAGAGGUUCCCUUGGAAACAGGUACCAGCGUAUAUAUCAGCACAAGUCCUGGGAUCAACACUAGCAAGCGGAACUCUCCGGUUAAUUUUCAACGGGAACCAAGACCAGUUUUUCGGAACACUUCCGGGCGGGUCCGACUGGCAAUCUUUUGUGUUGGAAUUCAUCAUCACAUUCUACCUCAUGUUUGUCAUAUCCGGUGUCGCGACUGAUAACCGAGCUAUUGGAGAACUUGCUGGGCUUGCUGUUGGAGCUACCGUCUUGCUCAAUGUCAUGUUUGCCGGACCUAUUUCAGGAGCAUCGAUGAAUCCAGCAAGGAGUUUGGGGCCAGCAAUUGUGUCGAACCAUUACAGAGGUAUAUGGAUAUACAUGGUUGCACCUCCUUGUGGGGCUAUAGCCGGAGCCUGGGUGUACAAUAUCAUAAGGUUUACUGACAGGCCGCUGCGUGAAAUUACAAAGAGUGGGUCUUUCCUCAAAGGCUUAGGACGCACUAGAAGCAGUACGUAGUUCUUAAUUGGCUCCAUCUCUUUUACGUCUACUAUACAAAAGGAAGCUUUAAUUAAUUGUGUAAUGGAAAAUUGAAUAAUAAUAUUUUGCACUUUUAAUUUCUACCAAUGAAUUUGUGGAAUGUUGAUGAAAUUAAAGAGGCAGAGGUGCAAUCGUUGGCAAAUUCAUAGGUGGAAAUACCGCCUUAAUUGUUUUUUUUUUUCUAUAUAUUAUUACAACUUAAAUUUGUGAGACAAUACAUUCGUGCAUGUUUUACCACAA